ACUGCUUUGGCAGCAUCCACAGCAGACCACACUCCAGUUUAUAGCCUUUUCGCAACUAGUCACCUAAUCAGCUGUUUUGGCGCAGACACAGUCCUGUGCGUCCACUGACAUUACUUUUGAUGCCUGACAGUCGGUGGAUUUCAGCCACUGAUCGGAUCAGAAUCGACUCUGUUAUGGCUUCGGAACAGGAAAAGAAGAGACAACGUGUUAAACAGCUUCUAGGGAAACCUGGGAAUGGAAUCUGUGCCGACUGCGGAGCUGCAGACCCAGAGUGGGCAUCCUACACCCUGGGGGUUUUUGUGUGUCACAGCUGCUCAGGCCUUCACAGAAACAUUGCUCAUAUUAGCAAGGUCAAAUCUCUCUUACUGGAUCCCUGGAGCCCUUCUGAGUUGGAGUUUAUGGACUCUGUAGGUAACAUUGCUGCCAAGGCCAAAUAUGAACAGAUUGUUCCUGCCUUCUACUACUGUCCUACAUACAAAGAUUGCUUACUCGUGCGGGACCAAUGGAUCCGAGCUAAAUAUGAGAGGAAGGAGUUUAUAUGUGUGGAGAGACAGGAGGGUUACUCUGCAGGCUACAGAGAAGGGUUUCUAUGGAAACGAGGAAGAGACAAUGGACAAUACCUCAGCCGAAAAUUUAUUCUGUCCGAACGCGAGGGUGUACUGAAAUACUUCAACAAGCAUGAUGCUAGAGAACCCAAAGCAAUCAUGAAGCUCAAUACUGUGAAUGCCACUUUCCAGCCAGCUAAAAUUGGCACUUCUCAUGGACUGCAGAUAACCUAUUUGAAGGACAACAGCACCAGGAACAUCUUUGUUUACCAUGAGGAUGGAAAGGAAAUGGUGGACUGGUUUAACGCCAUCAGAGCAGCCAGGUUUCACUACCUGCAGGUGGCUUUUCCUGGAGCUCUUAACUCUGAGUUGUUGCCACAGCUGACCAGGAACUUCAUAAAGGAGGGUUACAUGGAAAAGACUGGCCCAAAGCACACAGAGGGUUUCAAGAAGAGGUGGUUUACCAUGGAUGACAGGAGGCUGAUGUACUUCAAAGAUCCACUGGAUGCUUAUGCACGAGGUGAGGUGUUCAUUGGCAGUAAGGAAAACAACUACACUGUUCUUCCUGGCCUUCCUCCCAACAUUCAGGGCAACCUGUGGCAAUUUGGAAUUACCAUAGUGACCCCGGACAGGAAAUUCCUUUUUGCAUGCGAGACUGACAAGGACCAAAAAGAUUGGAUGGAAGCAUUUCAGACUGUUAUCAACAGGCCGAUGCUGCCACAGGAGUAUGCAGUGGAGGCUUAUUUUAAACACAAACCAUGAUCAUCACUGCUCUAGAAGAACUAUUGGUGGAUCUCGUAGCAGAAGCCCAUAUAAAAACUGAAAGGUGAUAUGUAAAGGACCUAAAGGUGAGACGGGUUUGACCAUUCCCACAAUUACUCUUUCUCCUCCACUUGCCACCUUCCUCACCUGCAGAACACGCCUGACUGAUUUCUUCUGGUGGUGUCAGUCAUUACUCACGAAUGUUAGCCUAACACACUCAGCUGGUGUGAUGUGACUUUCCUACAUGAAAGAGAACAGUCCACAAAUGUUCCUGCUCACAUGUAAAGAGAUGUCAUUGUGUUGUUCUCUGUAAUCAGAUAUAUAAACAUCCACACUUGUAUUACUGAUGUUUAAUGCAGCUGAAUUAAGUUUGCAUUUCAACAAUGUGUACAAACGCUCACCUCUGACCACUUAAAUGAAGGCUAAACUAAUGUGACAAGACUGAUAAACUAUGAGGUACACAUCCAUAUCAUACACACAUGUAUAAUAUUUUUCAUUAUAUAUGGUUACAAUAAUUAAUUCUUAAUAUUUAUUUUAUUAUUUUGUCUUAUUUUUUUAAUGUUUUAAUCACACAAACUGCAGUGCUAUGGUUUGCAUAUUUUUUUUUUUUUGUCGGAAACCAGUUACAAGAUAUUGAUCCAUUUACUGCGUGUUAAUGUAUUGGAUGAUUCAUCCAGCAGAGGGAGACAAAUGAAAGGUUUUAAAAUCGCACUGAACUCCUCAUAAAAUCCCCAGUGGCUCAUUAACCUCACUAAACCGUUGACUGCAGGUCUACAUGUUAAAUAAUUUGUGCAGGCGCUGAAGAGAAAGUCAUGUGGAUGUUAUUUAAGUGGUACCAUAACUGAAGCAAUGACUUUUAUGUUUAAUCUUGAAGAGUUAAGCAUGCCAUGCACUUGUUCUGGUGCCACUGAACAAGACACUGACUCUUGGCUGCACACAUUAAUCAGCAGUUGCAUGCUCUGAGUGUGAGAAUAAGAAUGUAUGUGAGUAUGAUGUAUGGCCACUAUUAAAAGCAUGAAUGCCACAUAAAUGUUGUUUGGUUUUUAAUUGUGCCAAAAAUUCAGAGUUACAGGGGGAAAAAAGGUUGCACAUUGAGAAAAAACAAAACAAAACAAACAAACAAACAAAAAAAAAAAACAAGACUUUGAGCAUCAAGAUAGGAACAAAUAAUAGAUAUGCAGUAGUGCUGCACAGAGACAUUUACAAAUUUCUAUUAAUAAAAUGGUACCUACAAAUGCAAAAAUCAUACUAAAAGAGGUCUGUUUUUAAUAAAGAAUUGGUCAAAUACUGUGAAAGAUGACAUGGAAAACAUUCUGGUCCAAAUAAUUACAAAGAAAACAAAAAAAAAACAAAAACAAAACAAAAAAAACAAAC